GGGAAAUCCUAGGUCGCCGGGAAAGCAAGCAACCGGGUCUUCGAAGUGAGAAACCCUUAUCAAUAAAUAAUAAAAUAAGAAAACAACUGCGCGGUUAAAAUAACUGGAAUCUACAAAAAAUUCCUAGAGUGUUUAAAGCGGGAGAGGACUCAACCGUUUUUGAUUUAUCGGAAUCGCGGAUAUAAGCGGUGUAUAAAAAUGUCGAGCGUACCGCUCAUGUCGAGCGGUCUCAGCAAAUUAAAAAAGAAACAUUUUCGCGUUAAACAUCAAAAGGUCAAGCUUUUCAGGGCGAACGAACCCCUUUUGAGCGUUUUCAUGUGGGGUGUCAAUCACACGAUAAACGAGCUCAGUCACGUGAAUAUACCGGUUAUGUUAUUGCCGGACGAUUUUCGUGCUUACAGCAAAUUGAAGGUCGACAAUCAUCUGUUUAACAAGGAAAACAUGCCGUCGCACUUCAAAAUCAAGGAGUAUUGUCCCUUGGUGUUCCGAAAUUUACGUGAACGUUUCGGUAUCGAUGAUCUCGACUACAAGGAAUCGAUGACAAGAUGUCGAGCUUUUAAUCCUUCGUGUGCGAAGAGAUGUGGCGGAAGGUUGAUCGGAAAUUCAGCCGGAAGGAUACGACAAAUGGUUCAGCGCUCGGCCACACUUCCUACGAUAAACCUCUCGCUUCCAUCCCGCGUUUCCGCCUCUUCUUCGACUUCUACCUCGGCCAAUUCUCGUAUUCCCGUAUUAAAUAAGCCGCAGCGCACCUACAGUUUUAAACCAAAGCGCCUGAGGUCACAACCCACUCUCGACGACUCAUCUGGCAAAAGCGGCGCCAAAUUUUAUCAAUCUUACGACAAAUUAUUCAUUAUUAAAACGUUGACGAGCGAGGAAGUUGAGAGGAUGCAUUCCUUUCUGAAACACUAUCAUCCGUACAUUGUUGAACGUCAUGGAAAAACGCUUUUACCACAAUAUCUGGGAAUGUACCGACUGACCGUUGACGGCGUUGAGCAUUACGUCGUAGCAAUUAGGAACGUAUUUUCGAAUCAUCUCACGACACAUAAAAAAUUCGAUCUCAAAGGCUCGACCGUAGAUCGUGAAGCGUCCGACAAAGAGAAAGAGAAGGAUUUGCCCACUUACAAGGACAACGAUUUUGUUAAGGAAGGCAUGAAAAUUUACAUCGGCGAGGAGGCGAAAUCAAAACUCAUUGAAACACUUACGGCAGACGUUGACUUUCUGACGCGACUUCAUCUGAUGGAUUACUCGCUGCUCCUUGGUUUGCACGAUUGCGCGAGGGCGGAACAAGAAAAUCGCGAACGCGCCGAGAGAGAAGAGAAUGAAGACAACCAGGACGAUGAUGAUGACAGUGAGUCCGGAAGUGGACUCGAGUCGCGAGGUCCUCUCGAGUCGCGAGGCCCCAUGGGAGAUCGAUUGUGGGGUUGGAGCGGAGUAGCAAGUAUGACCACGCCACCAGAAUCUCCUCACGCUGCCCUCGUGAGAGAAACGAGUCUUCAAUACGAGGACGCGAUCAUACCAGAGCUCGAUAUUUAUGCGAUUCCAAGUUCCGAAGGAGCCCCGAUGAAGGAGAUUUACUUUUUGGCGAUAAUUGAUGUCUUGACGCAUUACGGUGUACGAAAGCAAGCGGCAAAAGCGGCAAAAACUGUGAAAUACGGUGCAAACGUAGAUGGCAUAUCGACUUGCGAUCCUGAGCAGUACGGCAAGAGAUUCAUAGAGUUUAUGAGUAAAGCCAUAGAGUAAAUUAGUGUAUAAAACAGAAGAUAUUCAAUUUCAAAAAUAUAACAAUAAAUACACACAAACACACUCAAAUACAUACAUAAACACGACAACACGAUGUUUAUUUGAUAUGAAACUCGAUUUAAAAGAUGGAGCAAGCGAAAUUAGUACCGGGGAAAAAAUUGAAAUGACGAUGUCCGUUCAGGAACGGGCCUCAGAGUCGAGAAUACCGAUCGUUUAUUUUAUAUUUGUGUAAAGAAGAAAAAUACUAAGUGGAAUAUUCGGAGGAAGAGAUUGUCCAACAUGCUUUCGGGUCGGGCAAAAAAAUUUUAUGGCCUGUGAAGAAUUUUCAUCAAACAAUUUCUCACUCGAACUUUCCUAUAUAGAAAUAUAUUAUAUAUAUAUAUUUUUUUUUUUUUUAAGAAUUUGAAGUUAAGCGUGGAUUCGCCUCAGAUAUAAUGUUACGAUCCCCGGUGUCCGAGUAACUUCUCUCUUUUAUAUUUUGUUAGAGGUUAUUAUAAAUGUGGUGUUGAGUGCGGGGAGAAGAAAGGACUCGGAUUAAUUAAUUUAAUGAUUAAGGAUUCUCAUCUAGUCUCAAUUUGAAUACUUUUACGAAUCUAUAUUAUUUUGUAACGCAUUUUUAUUUUAUUUUUCUCUAAACAUGGUUUUAUUAUCGCAGUGUUCAUUUUAUUUUGUCUCUCCUUUCGCUUUUUCCAUUAUUAUUCGUAAAAAAAAGUAAGAGUAAAAUUUGAUUUUAUUCAUUUUUAUUUGUGUAUUGUAUAUUUAUCUUUUAUUUGAAUGUAUAGUGGUUUUUUUUCAACUAAAAUGACACAAGAACACGAAACUAACGAGUAAACAAAAAGUCUAUUCGAAAGAAGAAAAAAAAGACAAAAAUUAAAAUUAAAGGUAAAACGCGCUCAACAAUAAAAUAUUGCCGAUAUGUAUGUACACUUUAAGCGUAACUAGGAUAAGCGGUUCGUUCAAAUUAUUCGUUUCAGGGAUUUGUAUUACGAAUUUUCCAUCACUUCGCAGUUCCGCUAAAGCCAUAAAUGUCAUUUUAUGCUUAUCGUAUUUUUUUUUCGUUAAAUUUUCCUAUUUUGUUACGAUUUAUACAUUCAGUACUCACAUACACGAACUACGUCUCUAUUUGUUUCGAAUAAUCAUCGCCACAUUGCGUAUUAUAACGAAGAUCGAAAAGAAAUAUGAAACAAAAUAAAUAUAAAUAAAUGGCGUUCGCGAAGGAGAAAAAAAAACGUUGACAAGAAUAUAAAUGACGAUAUGUUGUACAUGUCAUACUCUAUUGUCCAGUAUUCAGGACCGUAUAUUAUAAAAACAAUACCUAGCUUCGUUGUCACCCCACACCUAUUUCACCUUUGUCAAAUCGUUUGGUUGUUAUGAAUAAAAAUCAUGAUAUCGAAUAUAUAAAUAUGUAUUCGAUGUCAAUGUGAGCAAAAGUA